CCUAUUGGCCACAGAAGAAGCCGGAAAUGCUAUUUCGGCCGUGUUGGUCCGAAAUCCAAGGGACCGGAGGAGAGUCCGAAUGGACGGACAGUCUGGGGAGGAUCGCCAUUUUUUGGAACGCGUCCGUUCAAGCAGCAAUCCAACCACCGUGGUUUUCAUCCCCCUUCCGAGUUUUCUUAGAUGGUGGAAAGCUUACUGACGGUGUUAUCAGAUUGACUCUCAUAUGCCAGCCGUUUCUGAACUUUGCUGUUCAACGGAAUCCCCCACAUGUUCGCUCGGGGUAUCUUCUCUUCCGAACCUGGUAAUAACUAUAUUACAAAGUCUAGCUUGCCAGCUGUCGAUACGAUCCAGGCUUCCCCCUAGAUUCUGCUUAUUAUAAGAUCAUCAUAGGUGGAACUAAGUUGGUCAGCUUCAGAGCGAUGUUGCACUGCAUCACGUCCGAAUCUUCAUCUUCUAGGAUGAUCGAUCGAUGGGACAGCGCAGGUGAAAUAUAAUCGUGUCAUGGCGUGGCUCGGCCUCGGUGUCGGCGUCUAGAAUCGCAUCAAGGGAAUGCGAUCCAUGACAAUAGUGGCUGGUGGAAUCAUAAUGCGCCGUGUGGGGUGCUUUACCGAUGUUCCUAUAAUAUAAAACGUUGUCAUGAUAGCAUGUUAUCAUUCGCUAAUUUUGUUCGGGUCGCGUUCGGCUGCGGCAUGUGCAUGUCCACGUUCC